AUGUAUAGUUCAUCUAGAUUAAAACCAGAUAAUGCAAAUGAAUUAUUGUGUGAUGGUAAAAAACCAGAGAUUGGUGAUACUCUGACGAAUGUUCCAUUAUCAAAUUGUCUAAAGUUAAUUGCAAAACAUGGAAAAGAUGGAUUCUAUAAAGGAGAAGUUGCUGAUUCAAUCAUUAAAGCCAUUCAAGAUCAUGGUGGAUUAAUGACACACGCUGAUCUUGAGAGUCAUAAAUCAACAUAUGAUAAACCAAUCUCUAUAAACUAUCGUGGAUAUCAAAUCUAUGAAUUACCACCAACUAGUCAAGGUAUAACCUCCCUCAUGGCACUGAAUAUUUUAGAAGGAUUUGAAAUGAAUAAAUAUGAACCAAUAUCGGAUCAACAUACUCAUCUUUUGAUUGAAUCAAUGAGAUUAAGCUAUGCAGAUGCAUUUUCUUUUGUAUCGGAUCCUGAAUUUGCAACAAUUCCAAUUGAUGAAUUACUUUCGAAAGACUAUGCUGCUUCAAGAAGAUCAUUAAUCAAUGAAUACAAAGCAAAUGAUAACAUUCAAAAUGGAUACCCUCUCAACAGCAGCAACACUGUUUGUGCAUCAGUCGUUGAUAAAGAUGGAAAUGUUUGUUGUUUAUUUAACUCUAUAUUCAUGGAAUUUGGUAGUGGUAUUAUUCCAAAAGGAUGUGGAUUUGCUCUUCAAAAUAGAGGUUGUUGGUUCAAUUUGGAUCGGAACCAUCCAAAUUGUUUACAACCUGGAAAACGUCCUUAUCACACUGUGAUGCCAACAAUGAUUCUCGAUAAAGACGGUGAAUUCUAUGCAUCGAUAGGAAUAAUUGGAGGUAUAAUUCAACCUGUUGCCAAUGUACAAGCAAUUGUUAAUCUAAUUGAUCAUAAGAUGGAUCCACAAACUAUUUUAAAUUUCCCAAGAUUCAGAAUUGAAAAUUCUCCAAGAUAUGGCUUGAUUGAUUAUGAAUCGGAUUUUGAAAAUACAUUUAAAUCUAUGAAAGAGAGAGGUCAUAAUAUAGGAUCGAUCUUAGAAGCAAGAAUUCACUUUGGCUGGGGUCAGAUAAUUGUUGUCAAAAAAAACAAUCAGAAUCAAACAGUUUUAAUUGCUGGAUCAGAUAACAGAUCCGAUGGUAUUGCAAUAGAAACAGAUUGGUGGCAACCAAGGAAGAUCACAACUUUCUUUACUUUGGUACAUAAAUCAAAUGAGGUAGUGAUUCUAUGUUGUAUGUUAAGUACUAAUGCUGAUAUUUUUGUUAUGGUUGAUUUAUUUCAUAGCGUUUAUUGUAGUGAAUUAGUAACAUCGCUUUCUAUAGUUUCUUUAGAGUAUCGACCCAUUUCACCUAAAAUAAAGUUAUUAGACACAUUAUUCACAGGUAGAGUUAGAUAUUACUCUACAAAUACAACAUCAAAGAAACAACCAAUAAGUAUAAUAAUGCAAAAUAAAAAAGGUGAAGUAAUUGAUAUUUCAAAAGUACAUAUUAGAGAAAGCAGAUAUUUUGCAAUAUUAACUUAUUAUAAUUAG